AUGGCCCAAACCACAGCUUACAAGCCGCCCGGACAUGAAGACAUCGUGGGCUGCCAAUUCGUGCUAUUCGAAUGGGCUGAAAGUUAUGAUAGCAAGGACUGGGGCCGUCUCGCCAAGUGUGUCGCCCCAACACUGCACAUUGACUACAGCUCCGUCAUGGGCCAAGAAUGGAAAUCAAUGCCUGCAGACGACUUUGUAGCGCUCGCUUCGAGCCCAAAGUUCCUUGGCAACGCACGAAUCAAGACGCAGCAUUUCAUCGGCGCUUCGCAAUGGGUGCAGAGGAGUGAGGACGCAAUUAUAGGCUAUCACCAAAUGCGUGUAGCGCACCAAAAGUAUAGUGACGAUACGCUAACUGAGGUUCUGGCCAAGGGUCAUGCGCAUGGUAAGGCAACUAUAAAGUACCAGAAAGUCGAUGGCGUGUGGAAGUUUGCAGGGUUGGAGCCGGAUAUUCGAUGGGGAGAGUUUGAUGUUGAGAAGAUUUUUCACGAGUAG